CUCGAAAACAUCCGGUCAUAUAAUGCAAUGUUUGCAUUCACUUCUAUGGGAGGAAAACAAGACAAAGACAUCAAUCAAGUGAAAACGCCACCAAUAUUUCGAAUAAAUGGACAAAACUACCAUAGAAUUGGUAGCCUUCUUCCAAGGGACGGUGGUCAACCCAAAUUUUUGCAGAUGUAUUUAUGUGAUCCAAGUGAAGAAACUUCAAAUAGACUUAAAGCUGUCAGUUUCAAAAUUAAAAACAGUAUUUCAGUGGCGCUCAGGUCCAAGGGGCAAAUAGUACUCAAUGUGGCAUCUAGCGGUAUUGCAUCGCUGCUUCUACCGGGAGGAAGGACCGCACAUUCCAGAUUCGCCAUUCCACUGGAUGCAACAGAAGAUUCAACAUGCCACAUAAAGCAUGGAAGCCCAUUGGCGAGGCUCAUCGAACGUACACGGUUGAUCAUUUGGGAUGAAUCGCCGAUGACACACAGGUAUUGCUUUGAAGCACUUGAUCGUAGCAUGAGAGAUGUCCUUCGCUACUCGCAUGAUUGUGAUUCUACCAUGCCCUUUGGUGGGAAGACAGUCGUAUUUGGCGGGGACUUCAGACAAAUAUUGCCUGUCAUUCCAAAGGGCACAAGACAAAACAUUGUGCAAGCAGCUAUGAAUUCAUCAUUUUUGUGGUCAUACUGUAGGGUGUUGAAGUUGACAAAGAAUAUGAGACUCGGGCGCGUGGGAGGAACAUCUUACACAUUAGAGAUUCAAAACUUUGCCGAGUGGAUAUUGAAGAUUGGAGAUGGAGUCCUGGGGGACGGAGAUGAUGGAGAAUCCAUGGUUGACAUCCCUGAAGAAUUUAUUGCUCCUAUGGCGGAUGAUCCAAUUGAAGCUAUUGUUAAGAUCACCUAUCCCGAUUUUGAAAUGCACUGUAAUGAUGUUUCUUAUUUGAAUUCCAGGGCAAUUCUUGCGCCAACUAUUGAUGAACGUGACAUGAUCAACGAUUACAUGUUGGGAUUGACUCUAGGAGAGGUAAAGACAUACUUAAGCUCAGAUUCAGCAUCUUCUGACUCAGACAGUGCACUCCUUCAAGAGAUCCACUCUCCAGAAUUUCUGAAUACCAUUAAAUGCUCUGGUGUACCAAGCCAUGAACUGAAGCUGAAAGUGGGUGCACCUGUGAUGCUAAUGAGGAAUAUAGAUCAUCCUCCGGAUUGUGUAAUGGCACACGCCUCAUCGUCACUAAACUUGGAACUCAUAUUCUCGAGGCUCAGAUGAUGUCUGGAACAAAUGCAGGACAAAAAUUUCUCAUUCCGAAGCUUAGCUUGACUCCAUCCGACCUAAAGCUACCGCUCACAUUUCAGCGUAGACAGUUCCCUUUAAUGCUUAGUUACGCGAUGACCAUUAAUAAGAGUCAGGGGCAGUCUUUAGAGAGGGUUGGUGUUUUCUUACGUCGUCCGGUUUUCACCCAUGGACAACUUUAUGUCGCGGUCUCAAGAGUGACGUCUCCAUCUGGAUUGAAGUUUGUUAUAUGUGAUGAUGAUGGAAAACCGGCCAAGAAGACUAUAAAUGUGGUUUACAAGGAAGUAUAUAAUAAUUUGUAAUUUUUUAAAAUCUUCAUUUACAUUUGUUAAAAACAAUAUAUACGUUGAUCUAUAUUUUCAACAACAUUUCGUUA